CGUUACACCCAUUUUCCGGGCUCAUGCGUUGGGCCUGCAUAGACUUCCUGUAUGCCUCCUCCCCCCCUUCCCCCCUCUGACCUCCCCUCCCUCUCCUCGGCUCUCCUCUCUCUUCCCUGAGCUCACUCUUGUCGUUGGCGUUCGCGUUGACUGGCCAGAGUCCGCGGGGGCUGAACACCGUCGUCAUCUCCGUUUUGAUCCUUCCUCUCUGCAUCCCUGCAGCUAUUCCCCCCGUUUUCACCUCAGCACGGGCCCCCUCGGGACUCGACAGUUAUCUCACCGCUCACCAGACGCAGGUUCCUCGCAGCCCUUCCGGGGUCCCGUUUCUCGACGUCUGAUUGGCCAUGGCGUACCACAGCUUCCUCCUGGAACCCAUUAGCUGCCAUGCCUGGAACAAAGACCGUACCCAGAUUGCCAUGUGCCCCAACAACCACGAGGUCCACAUCUACAAGAAGGAUGGGACCCAGUGGACCAAGAUCCACGAGCUGAAAGAGCACAACGGGCAGGUGACAGGUAUCGACUGGGCCACGGACAGCAACCGCAUAGUGACCUGCGGGGCGGACCGCAACGCCUACGUGUGGUCCCUGAAAGAGGGCGCGUGGAAGCCCACCCUGGUCAUCCUCAGGAUCAACCGCGCCGCCCGCUGCGUCAAGUGGUCGCCGCAGGAGAACAAGUUCGCCGUGGGCAGCGGCUCCCGCCUCAUCUCCGUCUGCUACUUUGAGCAGGAGAACGACUGGUGGGUGUGCAAGCACAUCAAGAAGCCCAUCCGCUCCACCAUCCUCAGCCUGGACUGGCAUCCCAACAACGUGCUGCUGGCGGCGGGAUCCUGCGACUUCAAAUGCAGGGUGUUUUCCGCCUACAUCAAGGAGGUGGAGGAGAAACCCGGCCCGACCCCGUGGGGCAGCAAGAUGCCGUUCGGCGAGAUGCUGUUUGAGUCCGGCGGCUCCGGGGAGGCGGGUCAGGCCGCGGCGGGGGGCGGAGGCGGAGGCUGGGUGCACAGCGUCUGCUUCUCCCACUCCGGCAGCCGCCUGGCCUGGACCUCCCACGACUCCACGGUGUGCGUCGCGGAGGGAGGCAAGAGCGGCACGGUGAACAGUCUGAGCUCCGAGUCUCUUCCUCUGCUGUGUGUCACCUUCAUCACCGAGAACAGCAUAGUGGCAGCUGGCCAUGACUGCUACCCGGCGCUGUUUGUGUACGACGGGGCCCGGGCCAGCCUGACGUUUGGUGGCAAGCUGGACGUUCCCAAGCAGACGGCCCAGAAGGGCAUCAGUGCCAGGGAGCGCUUCCAGAACCUGGACCGCCGGGCCUCCGAGACCCAGAGCACCGACAAGGACCUGAACACCCUGCACAAGAACAGCAUCAGCCAAAUCUCAGUGCUGGAAGGAGGACGCAACAAGUGCACCAAGUUCUGCACCACCGGCAUGGACGGAGGCCUGGCCAUCUGGGACGUCAAGAGUCUUGAGUCUGCAAUGAAGGAUUUAAAGAUUGUCUAAACCGGAGAUUACAUCACCUCACUCGACGGAUUUUAGCUUCUGGAGAAAUGAAGGAAAACUGCUGCCUUAUUACACAAAGCUUUAUUGGCCUUAUUUUAAUCAGGUAUUUUUUUAUUCUAUCGAAAAACCACCAGACUCGGGUCAAACAGUGUUUGUAAUCCCUCUGAAACUCUUUGCUGAGUUUUGUUAAACUCAACAUUAAAUAUGAGGGACUGCAAACAGUAGUUUACGAGUUAUCUUCGUAUAGUCUCCGCCUGAGCGUAACGCUACAAGCAAGAAUUUUAUAUCAGUCAUGAUGAAAGGCUACAGAAUGUGUUAAAAAGCUUAUGCUGGUCAUAAUAUGCAUUUAAUAAAUAAGUGCUGUUACAGUACUCAACAAA